AUGUGUUGUAAUGGUGGAAAGGUAUCAUUUUCACGAGUUAAUGCUCCUAUAGAAUUGCAACAAUUAUUUUUGGAUGGUUCAGUAGAAGGAAGGCAUUUUAGGCAACAUAUUCGAAGUUACAACCAUGUGCUCUCAUUCACUUCAAUUGGUGUUCACGUUGAUGAGAAUAUUCUUGCAUCUGGUCGUGGUAUAUAUACAUUUCAUGCUCAAGGUGCUUUUUACCAUAACAUAAGAGGUUUCUAUCCAAAUGAGGGUGCCAGACCGCGUUUCUUACAGCUAUACAUCUACGACACAGAUAAUGAGCUACAUAAUAGAAUGCAGGAAAAUCCACAACUCCACCAAAAUGUAGUUCAAAAAUUAUAA